AUAAGCAUAUCGUCGGUUAAGCUCUAACAACACGUAUCUCAAUUUUUGGCUGUUUUGACAUUUUUAUUGAACUUGGUAGCUCUUGUCUCCCUCUACCUGUAUAAAUCAACGUUGAUAUUCAAAUAGUAGGGGAAAUUUGUUAAAAACGGGUAAAUUUCAACCUCGUAUCUGACAGUUGGUCACAAUGUAAUCCAACAGCACGGAUCUUGGAGUUUUAGCAUUGCUAGCAGGCGUCUGGAAUGAAGCGGCAAGUUCAAAGCAGGUGAGUGAUUGUUCUUUGAAUAGUUAGUAAUGUUUUAUACUUCGAAUGUAUGCUCAUUUAUUUGAUGAAUCAUGAAAAUCAAUUGAAUUAAUCUCAAUCUAUUUCAUUCACAUUGAAAAUAGCAACUAAAGUAGGAUAUCAAGAUCCGUGGUUUCAAACUUUAUGAUUUCAUUUUACAGAUUCGAGAUACGUGGAGUUAACAACUUUUUUGCAUUGUGAGCAUGUGUCUGGAUUGAAGCAACAAAUUCAAAGCAGGUGAGUGAUUAUUCUUUGAAUAAUAAGAAAUUUUUAAUUAAUGGAAUGUAUGCUCAAUUAUAUGAUAAAUCAUAAAAAUCGAUUGAAUUAAUCAGAAUUUAUUUCAUUCGCAUUAAAAAUAACAGCUGAAGUUGAACAUCAAGAUACGUAGUUUCAAACUUUAUGAUUUCAUUUUACAGAUCCGAGAUACGUGGAGUUAUCAAAUUAUGGAUGAGCCUAGCAGUGAUUCUACCAAGGGAUCAAUCAAUGAUGAUGAUGAUUUCAUUGAUGAAAUCCUAUCUUCAAUUGCGAAGGAAAAAACAAUUCGAAUUGAACCAGUCGAUUCAAGGCCCAAGAAGGAUUCAUUUGAUCUGUUAGAUUCCGUAGACGUACUUCUGGAAGAUGGCUUACUGAUCAGCGAUGUAAUUAAUGAAGAGAUAGUUAUGCUUGACGAAAAUGAUGGGACUUUGAAUACCGGUAAUGAGAGUGAUUGUAUGCCUACAGUGACUGCUGCGAAUAGUGAUAAUAUUGAAGAAUUAGUUUUGCUGGACAAUAAGAUUUUGAAUGGUGAGAGUGAUUGUAGGCCCACAGUGACUGCUGCGGAUAAUGACAACAUUGAAGAGUUAGUUUUUCUGGAUGUAAAUGAUGGGAUGCUGAAUUCUAAAAGUGAUUAUAGACCUACAGUGACUGCUGCGAAUAGUGAACUGAUGGAUGAAGGGCUAGAUGACUGCAACGACCCAGACUUUGUAUUAUCAGAAAAUGAUUCAUCGGAUACUAGUGUAAAAAGUGCAAUUAAUAAUAAUACUUUAAAUGAUAUCACCAAUGACAACAGCGAUUGCGAUGAUAUUCCUACUCGAAAAAGGAGAAAGAGACCUGAUAAUUCUGCAUGGGAUGUUUCACUCCACAAAAAACUACGGAUGACUGGAAAAAAGUAUGUUGGUUACAAGAAAGUAAGAAAAAAUGGCAAGAUAAUUGUACAAAGGAGUGAAAAUGAACGCGAAGAAAGAAAAAUGGGUCCUGCAUGUGUAUCAAAAGUAUGCAAGGCAAACAAGAAAAGAAAAUGCACUGAAUUUUCAGAGGAAGAUAGAAGAAAAAUGUUUAAUAAUUUCUGGCCUAUGUCAUGGAAAGAGAAGAUAGUGUAUAUCACCGAUCAUGUGAAGAAGUGUGAAACGAAUAGCAAAACUGUCGAGGAUGAAAAUAAGAAGAGUCGUAGGUCAAAUUCUUAUAAAUAUUAUUUGAAUAAUGAGAGUGAAUUCAAGUCAGUCUGCAAAACCAUGUUCCUGAAUACCUUUGGAUUGAAUGAGUGGAUGGUUCAUAACUGGAUAAAAAAUAAUGGGGGUGAAGGAUAUUCUGAGGACUAUGUUGAAAAUACUAAUAAAAAGGAGGAAAAUGUUCAACCAGAAAACUCUAUUAGACUGGUGAAUGGAAAAGAUGCACAAAGUAAAGAAAUCUCUGAAAAAAAGAAAGUUUUAUCAGAUUGGCUUGACUCACUACCUAAAGUUCCUUCACAUUACUGUCGGGCUUCGUCAUUUAAACUUUAUUUAGAACCGAUAUGGGAAUCAAACCAGGCCUUGUACAGAAAGUACAAGGAGUUUUGCACAAUCAACAACAGACCAUGUGGAUCCAUAACAACAUUUAUGGAAGUUUUUAAAGAGAAGAAUCUUUCAGUUUUUUCUCCUAGGAAAGACCAAUGCGAUACUUGCUAUGCCUUUAAAGCUGGGAAUAUUUUGAAAGAGGUUUAUGAAAGACAUAUUAUCGAAAAAGAUGAGGCUAGAAAAGAAAAAGAGAGGGAUAAGGAACUUGCAUUGAAAGGCGAAAUAUAUUGUUUGACUGCAGAUGUGCAGGCAGUCAAAUUGACUCCAAUGACCAAGGCAUCAUCGAUGUAUUACAAAACUAAAUUGUGCUCUCACAAUUACACAGUAUAUAACCUAGCCAGUAAGCACUGUAAGUGUUACUGGUUCAGUGAGGUUGAGGGAGAUCUUUCUGCCAAUACCUUUGCUUCGUGUUUGUGGGCAUAUUUAGAAGAACAUUGUUGUAACCCACUGCUUCCCAUUAUUGUGUAUACAGACGGUUGUACAAACCAGAAUAGAAAUCAAUUUGUUUCUAACGCAUUACUUCAUUUUUCAGUAACAAAAGGCGUAGAAAUCACUCAAAAAUAUCUUGUCAAAGGACACACACAAAUGGAAGGCGACUCUGUUCACUCCAAAAUAGAACAGAAAAUAAGAGGCAAAGAUAUUUUCAUGCCUUAUGAGUACGUGAAAUUCACCAAGGAGGCUAGACACACACCAUUUCCGUACGAGGCAGUUUAUCUCAAACACACUUUUUUCAAGGACUUUUCAAAGAUUGUGUACUACGAUUCAAUUCGACCAGGUAGGAAGAAGGGUGAUCCUUGCGUUGUGGAUGUUAGGUGUUUGAAAUAUACCGAAAUUGGGAAAAUUAAAUACAAACUCGCAUUUGUUGACGAGUUCACCGACCUACCAAGGAGAGCUAACAAGAUCCAACAACAGAUUGAGCCAACGCCACUUUUUAAGGAAAGAAUCAAGAUUCCCUUCAGUAAGUGGAAACACCUUCAAGAUUUAAAACUAGUAAUUCCUGAGGACUAUCAUAGCUUUUAUGAUUCUUUGCCCUAUCAGAUGUAAUUUUUAAACUUGAUUGAUUGGUCAAAUAGUAAUUUUUAUUCCACUCUGAACUAUUUUACAUGCCACUGCAGUCAUAAAUUAUUUGAAUAUUAGUUUAAAAUAUAAUAUAAAAUACUGCUCACAUGUGGAGCGCUUUUGGAAUUCACUCAAUUUUCAACACUUUACAACACUCCAGUGCUUUUGGAUUUCACUCCAUUUUCAACACUGGAGUGUUGUAAAGUGUUGGAAAUGGAGUAAAAUCCAAAAGUGCUCCACAUGUGAGGAGUACGGUAGUUUACAUUUAAACUAAUAUUAAAAUUUAUGUGUGCUGUGUAGUGUAAAAUAGUUCAGAGUGAAAUAUUCACUAGCAGCACGGGAAACAGAAUAGAUUAGUAUUUUUAAGUUCAAUUGAGUCACUUUGAC